UUUCAAAAAAAAAAAAAGGGAAAGUGAAAGAAGAAUUUCUUCAACUUUUAGCUCACUGAAGAAGAUAAUCUUCGUCGGAGAAAUCGGACAUGGCGGCGGCGGCGGCGGUUCCAUCCAAAGAACGUGAGAACUUCGUGUACCUCGCUAAGCUCGCCGAGCAAGCCGAACGAUACGAUGAGAUGGUCGAUGCAAUGAAGAAGGUUGCGAAUAUGGACGUUGAAUUGACUGUGGAGGAGAGGAAUUUGCUUUCUGUUGGUUAUAAGAACGUCGUAGGUGCGAGGAGAGCAUCAUGGCGCAUCUUGUCCUCUAUUGAACAGAAGGAGGAAUCAAGAGGAAACAAGCAGAAUGCAAAACGGAUCAAGGAGUACCAGCAUAAGGUUGAGAUGGAGCUCACUGAUAUUUGCAGUGAUAUCAUGACUGUGAUCGAUGAGCAUCUUAUUCCCUCAUGCCCUGCUGGUGAAUCUUCUGUAUUCUACUAUAAGAUGAAAGGGGAUUAUUAUCGCUAUCUUGCAGAGUUCAAAAGCGGUGAUGAUAAGAAAGAGGUUUCUGAGCUUUCAUUGACGGCAUAUCAGUCAGCCACAACUACCGCUGAGGCUGAAUUACCACCUACUCACCCCAUUAGGUUGGGUUUGGCUUUGAAUUUCUCUGUUUUCUACUAUGAGAUCCUGAACUCUCCUGAAAGGGCAUGCCACCUUGCAAAGCAGGCUUUUGAUGAAGCAAUAUCAGAGUUAGACACCCUCAAUGAGGAGUCCUACAAAGAUAGCACCUUGAUUAUGCAGCUUCUAAGGGACAAUCUCACCUUGUGGACUUCUGAUAUUCCAGAGGAUCCAGAAGAUGCACAAAAGGGAGAUGCAACCACAAGCAAAGCAGGAGCUGAGGGUGCCGAGUGAGGGGUGAAACAAUUAGAAUGUACUAUGUGUAUUUGGACAUGGGAGUAUGAUGAUACACCGAGGGUGCUCGUUCAUUAGGGGUCCUAAUAAGAUGCUUGUUUUAUAGGCGUGUCUUGUUGUAAUUUGUUUGAUCGUCAGUUGUGUAUGUCUGCAUAUGGUUUGAUUUUACAUCCCAGUGCUAUUUCCCUCCCUAAUAGAGUGAGUUGUUGUUCAGUGUUUUUUAGUUGAUUGGUCUGGUUUUUAGGCAGCUUAGUUUUCAGAUAGCUGCCACAAUCAAAUGGAGGAUAUUGGUUUGUUUUGUCUUCUCAACCUCUAUGAUAUAAAUUUUAGCAUA